GGAGUCACUAGCGUCUCCUCUUGCCGCAGAGAAGAGCAGAGGGAGGCUGUAGAUAUGUGAUUGUGGAUACGCUGGCUGGUUAGCUCAUCUAGCUAAUGUUGACGGACACUAGAUGAGUUGAAGCUGGAUUUUACAGGUGUAUGUGUUUGUGUCACAUCACUGAAGCUACCCAGGCAGAGGGGAACUGAGUAAAUCAGCCCGGCGUCGCCGCCAUGUUGGAGGAGGACAUGGAAGUGGCCAUCAAGGCGGUCGUGGUGGGAAAUGGAGCUGUCGGGAAGUCCAGUAUGAUCCAACGCUACUGCAAGGGCAUCUUCACUAAGGACUACAAAAAGACCAUUGGAGUGGACUUCCUGGAAAGGCAGAUACUCGUAAAUGACGAAGAGGUCCGACUAAUGCUGUGGGACACCGCUGGGCAGGAGGAGUUUGAUGCUAUUACUAAGGCCUACUACCGUGGUGCCCAGGCAUGUGUGCUAGUCUUCUCUACCACAGACAGGGAGUCGUUUCAGGCUAUUGACAGCUGGAGGGAGAAGGUGGAGGCAGAGGUCGGAGACAUUCCCACAGUUCUAGUGCAGAACAAAAUUGACCUCCUGGAAGAGACCCUUAUAAAAAACGAGGAGGCAGAAGCUUUGGCUAAAAGACUCAAGCUGAGAUUUUAUCGGGCUUCAGUAAAAGAGGACCUAAAUGUCAACGAGGUUUUUAAGUACUUAGCUGAGAAGUAUCUUCAGCGACUCAAACAGCAAACGGCAGAGGAGACCGAGGUACUCCAUACAACAAGCAAUAAAAUAGGUGUUUUUAAUACCACAAGUAGUAACGUCUGCAACCAGAGCUCCAGCAACGGAAGAGAAGUCAUCACUUUGCGACCUAACAAACAAAGGACCAAGAAGAGUAAAAAUCCUUUUGGAAGCUGCAACCUACUCUAGAUAAAAAUCCUUUAGCUUUAGUGACUGACUAUUGUUUCAAAUUGGUCAUUGUUGUAUUUUGUGGAGGUAGCCACAUUUAGAGACCAAAGCCCAAACAGACUGGGAAAUACUACCCUAUACUACUUUAAUAACCUAAUGUUUAACCUGUAUCCUAAGUCGUUUCCCCACAUUGAUGGUUGAAUUUUCUUUGAUUCAGCCUUGGAUCUCCAUCAAUGAUCUGCACACAAAACCUGUCCUCGUGGGUUGCCUUAAGUAACAGCAACAGCUGCAGCUACGCUACAUGUGUGCUGCUUAGAUAUGACUUGAAACACAGUCCUCUUAUCAAAUAUAAGAGAACAAAUAUGUAACAGCAAAGGUUGCACCCUUCCUCUGUGAAAACUCCUAUAUAUGAUUUUUACAGUCACCCAUUUGUUUGACAUUAAAAUUGUGCAAUAUCUUUGCAUGUAUUGUAGAAGAUACACAGAUCAUUUUGUUCCAUAUUUUUCUCUCUGCAUAAUAUGGUUCAAACUAUACUGUUUAUUGUGGACGAAACACUAUCGAAUCCAGAGGUAAUUCUCUGUGCAGAAGUAUUUUUGUACGAAUCACAACAGUGUUGAGUGAUAUUUUCACUUAAGUGUUUUCUCUUUCUGAGCUGUAGUUAAAUAUUAACACUGCAGUGAUAUCGUGUUACAUGAAAUUAAUAGAAUGUAAUUUUAUGUAUAACCAAAUAACAACUUUCGACCCAGAAUAGUCCUCUAUAUGUCUGCUUACACUCCACCUAUUUACGGAUUUGUUAAUUAAGACUUUCACAAAGUUUAGGACUUUGUGAUGUCAAACAUGAGCUGAAGUCUCAUUCAGUUAUAGCACUAUGUUUUUGAUUGCAGUUGUUACAUUUUACAUAUUUACAACGGUGCUUUUCUUUAAAAGUGGAGUCUGUUCUAAUCCAAUACACUUUUUGUCAAAUUCAGCAAAUAUCCCCUCACGAUCUGCAUGCUGUCCAUUCUGCGUGUGCGCUGAUACAAAAAUUCCUCGGAUCGAGCCAGCCAUUGGGAGCGAGAGAGACGUUAAAUCUGGCACAUGCUAACGUUCUGAAGUUGCGCUGAUGGAACUAUAUUUCUAACAUUUCACAAAACUAAACAUGGUACAAAAUUUUGGUUUUUAUUUCUCCGUUUGGCUUCUGUAGUAUCUAAUCAGUUUCUAUUUUUUAAAUAUCAUUCAUAUGUCAGUAGCGUCUGUCAAUAUUGUUUGGAGCCUUAAGCAAAAUGCACACCCUGGCUCUCUGAAGAUACAAAGAGCUGACCAUUAGGAUGGGAUGUUUUGCUUUGUUGUGUCUGAAUAUGCAAGAAAAUUCAGUUUCUUCUUAGUACGUGAAGGUACUCUUAAAAAGAUCUCCCAAACUAAUGCUCAGUCUUCAACACAGCUAGCUGUGAAAUGUGUAUUACUGCCUUGUCUGCAUCAAGCCUUUUUACAUUUGUUUUUCCAAAACUAAUUAUUUGAGAGACACCGGUUUAUUAAGCACAAACAGAUAUGUGGCGAUAAGGAAAAGUCUAUCUGAAGUUAUUAACAUUUCCUUAUUCAAAAGUUACAACCCCAGUAUUUUACAUGUAAUUAGAAUACAUGACAUAAGACAUCUGGGAAUACAUGUGCAUGCACAUUUUUGUCUUUUCUGAAAGUUAUUUAACUGGUCCCAUAUCUCUGUUAGAAGCUUGUCCUAGAUUCAAAUGAACUUUAUUCUCAAUGAUGUUCAGAUGGGACUGCUGUGAAAAUACCAAAAGGUGCUUAAAUAUGUUCCAGUUCUACUAUUGGUACUAAGAUUGUCACAUUUCAGCUUUCUCAUUUGGUUGUGUGCUUUUUUUGAAGUGUGGCAUAACUGUAAUGCAUGCACGCCUUGUUUCCACAAUGCCUUGUCCUUGUUUACAUUCUCCCCCUAUUGACCCCCAGUAAGCCCCGGAUCUUGCCGUUUGUUUAAAAUUGCCUGCACAGUAGAUCUGUAAAUAAUUAUUUCACAAGCGUUCUCUCAUUUGUAACAUUGUGCUUACUUUAGCUUUUUGACUGAAUGGAUUUAGUGCACUUUAUCAUUAAGAUGGCAUAUAAUCUUAAAGAACCAUAAGUUAAAACUAACCAUACUUAUGUGCUGUCACUCAGGUGUUGUAAUAAUCUUUGUGUCUUAACUGUUACUCUACUUUUUCUACACAGGACUUCAUACAUCGAUUUCACACAUUUAAAUAGACAAACCAACGUAUGUAUGCUUUCAGACUGACAAAAACAACACUUAUUGUUGGAGUUUUGUUUUUAACAGUAAAAAACAUGUAUCGCAACAUUAAGUGUGCCACACAACUGUGCACUCGAUGUUAUGUUUAUUUUUUUUUGGGGGGGGGGGUUGAUGGUUAUUAUUUGACAUGAAUAAAACUACCUUUUUCUUGAG